GGCUCGAGCGCCUGCCCUUGUCCUUUGCCGCUCUUGUACGGUACGAGCCAAGAAGGAGCCGAGAGGCCGGCCGGCCGGCCUGUCUGUCUGCUUGCCUGCCUGCUUGCCUGCCUGCUGGGCUUUGUCUGGGCUUGCUUGGCUGGAACGUGUCUUUUCCGGAUCACUGUAGCAGCAAGGCGAAUAUUUCCGGAAUACAUACACAAGAGGAAGAGAGAGAAAAGGAAAAGAAAAGGGGUCAGCCUCGUCCGCACAUAACAUAAAAAGGGGUAGGCCAAGCCAUCACUCCCUCUGCAUCACUCUCCCAUCACUCCCCCUCAUUUUUACGACCUUGACGACUUCUGGUUCUGACGACAUUACGACCCCCACAACAUCGAUACCACGACCAGCAUACAAGAUCAACAACGACGAAAAGCACACAGUCUAGACACAAUGGUUCUCAACAUCAAGAAGAGCAUCAAGAGGGUGACGUCGCCCAAGGCGAAGCGCGAAAAGGUCGACGAGGCGGCCGCCCCUGCGGUCGAGGCCGAGGCCACCGCUGAGCCCGCUGCUGAAGAGGCCAAGGUCGAGGAGACUAAGGCUGAGGAGACCAAGGUUGAGGAGGCCGCCGUUGAGGAGCCUGCUGCUGCCGAGGCGCCCGCUGCCGUCGAGCCCGAGGCUGUCGAAGAAGAGACCGCCAAAGAAGAGACCGUCGAGGAGAAGGCUGUCGAGGAGGAAUCCGCCGAGCCCGAGACCGCCAAGGAGGAGGAGGUCGCCGCUGCCGCCGCUGUGACCGAAGAGGAGAAGACGGAAGAGAAGGAGGCCGACGACGUGCACAUCCAGCCCAUCAGCGACGAGGACAAGGCCAAGAAGGCCGAGGCCGAGGCAACGCUGGCUGCGCUCCAGAAGGAGGCCGCUGCUGCCCGUGAGGCUGCCGAUGUCGCCCGCAAGGCCGCCGACGCUGCCCGUGACGCCGAGGUCGCCGCUGCUGAGGCUGAAGCCAAGGCCACGAUUGCUGCUGCCAACGCCGAGGCCGAGGCGGGCGUCGCGGCGGCCAAAACAGAGGAUAGCGUCGACCGCGACGCCGUGCAGAGCGAAGUCGUCGCCAAGGAGCUCGCCCGCCAGCGCGCAGAGGGCCUCAAGGUCAAGGCCGAGGCAGCAGCCAAGGCAGCCAAGGAGCUGGCCGAGCGACGCAGCCAGGACGCCGUCAAGGCUGCCGAGGCCGAGUACGAGGCCGAGAUGGCGGCCUUUACGAGCGUGCUCGAGGCGCGCCGAGCCAAGAAGAUUGCGGCUGCGCAGCACGAGAAGCUCAAGAACGUGACGCAGGCCAGCGUGGCGCGGCGCAAGAAUGUGGCCAAGAUCGAGACGGAGCUGACAAAGGCCGAGAAGCAGGCGGCUGAGAAGCGCAUGGCGGCUGAGCGCCAGGCUUGGAAGGAGCGCCAGGCGGCCGAGGACAAGGCCCACAAGGCCUUUGCUGCUGCCCAGAAGCUGGCGCACAAGGAGCGCGAAAAGGCCGAGAAGAAGGCCGAGGCCGAGCGGGCCCAGGCGGUCAAGGAGGCCGACACCAAGAAGCAGGCUGCUUUCACCGAGAUCGAGGCCGAGCGCAAGGCGGCUCACCUCGACGAGGAGGCAAAGGAGCGCGUUGCCAACGCCGAAGCGGCCGGCAGUGGCGAGGUCGCCCUGCCCGUCGAGAAGAAGAAGUGGUUCUUUGGCAUCUUUGCCAAGACCAACGGUGCCGCCCCAGCCGCCAUUGCCGAGGAGGAAGAGGCUGCCCCCGAGGCUGCCCCCACGGCCGCCCCUGCCGCUGUCGCAGCUGCUUAGAUCAGUCUCGCUCUCCCCCGAUCUUAAGACACAAGAGAUAUACCCCCACCCUUGCAGUGUCCCU